GGCAAGGGUAAAGGCCGAGAUGAUAGGGACCGAUAUGAUCCUGAUUAUGAUAGGGGGGAGUCUAGUAGGAAGAAGGGCGGCGGAACACAGAAGAUCGAUAUGCCCCCACCACUAUCCUUCGCCGGCAGUCUAGUCCUACACGAACCUAUCAAGGCCGACAGUAUCGAUAAGAUAGAUGAGGAAUGCUCAUUAUGCAUGGAGAAGCUAAUCUAUGUAGCAGUUGGACAUUGUGGUCAUCACAGUAUAUGUUGGCUGUGUGCAUUGCGCCUUCGAUGGUUGUUGAAUGACCGUUCCUGCCCUAUGUGCAAGGAAGAACUCGACACUCUAGUAUUGGUACACCGAGAUCAAUACGAUCCUAGCCUUUCAAUCAAUGACCUUAUUGCAUCUAAGAAGAGGUUAGUUAUCAGGGAUAAGGAACAAGUCGAUAUCUACUAUGGUGACAAAAGGAUCCAGAAAAUAUUCCACAUGAUAAGACAGUAUCGCUGUGGGUUCUGUACCAGCUGGGAUGUAUAUGAGGUCCCUCAGGCAUUCCAUACUCUAGGAGAUCUUCGUACACAUCUUCGGAAGCAACAUUCCCGAGACUUCUGUACAAUAUGCCUCAAUGAGAGAGAUGUCUUCAUACUAGAGCAAUAUCUAUACACCACGCUCAACCAUGGAGCUGAUAUCGAUCGUCACUGUCGUCACGGAGAUCCUGAUCUAAGACCACCCGUGGACAAUCAUCCUUCCUGUGACUUCUGCAACCCCUCAGGGAGGAAUGAUCACCGUUUCUACUCGGCUGAUCAGCUUAAGACCCAUAUGAGGAAGAAUCAUUUUACCUGUCAUCUCUGUGAGAGCAUGGGAUGGCGUAAUGAGUAUUACAAGGAUUACUUUGCAUUAUACGCUCAUUUCUCGGCCGCCCAUUACCCCUGUGAACAUAAUGAUUGUCUAGCCAAGAGGUUUGUGGUAUUCAAGACAGACGAUGACCUCAAGAUACAUGAGGUUACCGAGCAUACCAAUUUCGGAGUGAUGUCCCGAGCUGAGAAGAGGGCCAACCUACGGUUAGACCUCGGUACCAGUGGUGGGAGAUCUCGCAAGCCUGGUCAGCGCGAUGACAAUCCCAAUCCGGAUACUGCUGAGAACUACAAUGUUAAAUUCUGCAAGCCCCCAAGACAGUUCUACAAUGGCCCCGAUGAGAGCACUGCCUUGGGUCAGGAGUAUGCUGCUCUCAAUGCUGUGACUUCUGAUGAGGAAGAUGACCAGAAUGAGGCAUCUGAUCCUAAGAGGAUCAAGAAGCGAUAUCCCUCUCGAAAGGACGGCCAUAGGUAUGACCCUAACUGGCAUGGGGAGAUCCCUGAACCCUCUUUGCCCAAGCCUCGGACAUGCUCCAUCAUCGAUGCGGACAACACUGCUUUACCUAAUGCUGCUCCUGGUGGCAUUAUCUCUGAUAGGCAAGAGGGACCCGCGGUAGCUGAUGAGGAAGAGGAGGAAGAAGACCUUAUGGAACGUGGGAGGAGGGUCCUGAUUCUCGAGGCAGUAAGGAUUAUAGAAACCGAUCCAGAUGGGUUGGGCCGAGUCAAUGGGGUUCUAUUCAAGAACAAGAACGCAGAAUUGAUGAAGGCAUGUAGGGUGGCUCUUGGUGAUAUCAACUUACACCAUCUUAAGGAUGCGGCCAUGGAAAUGCGGAAAGAGCAGAGCGACGAGGCCUUGGAUUACUUCGUAGAGACAGCGGCUGAGGUGUUCAGCCUAGCUGAGGGUGGUAUGCAGAAGGGAGCCCAGCUGUGUGCAGCAAUGGUACUUCUAUUACCGAUCAAGGGUCUAAGAGAUAGGCUCGUUGAGCGUAUGCAAGUGUAUGGUGGUGAUGCUAUACUAGAAUCCACUAGGUUGGAACACGAGCGACAGGCCCGGAGUAUAUCUCCACAACCCCGUAGCACGGCUAGUGUGACUAGCAGGGGCUCAUCUCAGCCUCCUACAGUGAAAUUACCUGAUACUCCGGUUCCCAUCCCUGAUGGUCUACUUGCCGGCCCUCAUAAACGACCAAGCUUCAUUAAAGCACUGAUGGCAGUGUUAGAUGCUGAUCUCGGCGAAGUGGACGAGGUCAUACCUCCCAAACAAUACACUAAAUUGGUGCAGAGUGUGCAGCAGAUCGAUGGUAUACAGACGGAUACUCUCGCAGAGAUGAGGAAUCAGUUGCUAGCUGUGGUUGGAUCCAGAAAGGACCUAUCCUGGGCCAAUGCCGAAAUGGUUAUUGGUCUGCGUCCCCUAGCAUACCGUUUACUAACCCCUCGGCCCACUGUGCCGACGAGUAGUGAUGAGGAGGUGGAAGAGGAAUAUGAGUAUCGGGAUCCUAGCCGUCGUAGGGAGGCAGAGGAGGCUGCUGCAGCAUCAGCAGCUGAACUGCAGAAGGGCUGGGAUGAGUUUGUACAGCAGGCAAGGAGGGUCCUCCAUGAGCGAUUCAACAUGCUGGAACUCUGCUAUAUGUCUACAUACAUUCAUCUAGCGGCAGGUAGACUACAGAGUAGAGGUAUUGAGAGGGGGGUCGAUGAUCGAUACUCCUACCAGGAGUUCCCCCUAUUACCUGGCACUAAGCCUAUAGUUCGUACCACCUACAAUGGACAGCAACCUCGGACCAAGGGAGGAGGAGGAGGAAACUACCCUACACUGUCCGCUGCCCAUGCCAUCACAUCUAGUAGUUCAUCAUCAUCAUCUUCCAACACUAGACAGCAGGGUCUCUGGGCUACUCGGAAUCCAGCCCGAUUGGCGGAUCCUGAGGCCUUCCCUGAGCUGCCUAAGAUACAACCAAAGCCUAAGUCAUCGCAAUGGAACGCUGGUGGUAAGGCUAGGAAGGACAUAGAAAGGAUGAAAGGCCUCGAGAGAAGAUACCCUUUGCUCGUCCGACCUACCAAGAAUGCACCCAAGCAGUCCCAUGAGCCGGAGCUCCCAGGCUGGAAGUGUCCCCACUCUGCUUGUAAAGAAGGGAGGACCUUCCGGGGGAGGUGGUGGUAGUGGGGGCAGCAAGGGAGGCAAGAGGAAGAAGGCUAAUGCAGCUGAUAAGGCCAUGGGCAGAUUCUGAUGAAACAACUCUCGAGUCAUAAGAACUUUACAAGUCUAUGGAGGCCGCUAGUACGACCAUUGACUUGCACAAGUGAUGAUAACUAUCGUCAUUAUUGCUUUGUAUCUUCUACCACUGUUAUCAUCAUAGUUACUGUUGCUUAUGAUACUACUCUAUCGUCGCGUUAUACGUUAUA